AUGGACUGUAAAGCCGAAGACUAUGAGAAGUCGUUUGUUGAAAAGUACUUGGAGAGGGCGGCAUCUUCCAAGAUCGAUGAGCUAAAGAAGAAAAUAGAGGCACACAAAGGUAAAGGAGAUAUGGGGAAGGUUAAGGACUUGGAGAGAGAGAUAGAGGAAGUUAAAAGCAGGCUUGCAGCAGACAAAUCGAUUAUGUGCAAGAAGGACAGUAGAAAAGAGGAGGUAGAAGAGAAGAGGAAUAUCGACUUCGAAUGGUCUGGGAUGGAAGAUGACAAGGACAUUGAAGUCUUCAACGAAAGGUGUGAGAAGUCGAUUGAGAAGUACUGCAAUCACAUGGGAAUUAUGAAGAAUGAGUUCCAGGAGAAUUUAAGAAAGGAAAGUAGUAUAUGCGAGGGAUUUGAGAUUCCAGAUUUCCUUUGGAACUCGCUUUUUGAAUAUCAGCGGGAUGGGGUGGCAUGGAUGCUGGGGCUGUAUAAGAGAGAGAAAGGUGGAGUUCUUGCAGAUGAUAUGGGGCUUGGGAAGACGAUCCAAAUGAUUGUGUUUUUAGCAGUUCUAUUCCACAACAAAUCCAUCGAAAAGGCACUAAUACUGUGUCCAGCCACAAUAGUCUCGCAAUGGAUGGCGGAAUGGAAAAGAUUUUAUCCGUUUGUAAGAGUUUUCUUUGGAUUCCCAGCCGAGGACUGCAGAGGAGUGUAUUUGAUGUCGUAUGAGAAGUUCAAGGCAAGGGCAAAGGACCUUUUAUGGGAUACUUUGGUCCUAGAUGAGGGGCACAAGAUAAAGAACAGAAAUGCGCAGAUCACACUUUCAGUGAAGAAAGUAAGGUCUCGGAGUCGCUUUGUUCUUUCUGGAACGCCCAUCCAGAAUAACCUUGGGGAGCUAUGGUCUAUGUUUGACUUUGUCAAUCCGGGGCUUCUGGGGUCGCACACCUCUUUCCAUGAGGAGUUUGAGGAGAUAAUACGUAGAGGAGGGUACAAGAGUGCUAGCAAUCUCCAGGUUGAAAAGGCUUAUAGACACAGUUUGAUGCUCCGGUCAUUGAUAGAGCCGUAUAUACUAAGAAGAACAAAGUCGCAGAUUUCGCAUAAGCUUCCUUCCAAGGAAGACAAAAUAAUAUUCUGCACGUUGACACCAAUCCAAAUUGAACUCUACAACAGGAUUCUCGAGUCAAAACACAUAAUGAAGGUUCUGAUUGGAAAGGCGAACCUUCUGAGUGGGAUUUCCAUGCUUCGGAAGGUAUGCAAUCAUCCAAGACUGUUUAUUCCCAGAAAGGAAGACGGUUCUGAAGACCUUUCUGAAGAAGCAUCUGGCGAAAAAAAUAACGAGGAGACCUUGGGGCUUUUGAAGAAAGAAGAGAGCCAGUAUGGGCUUGUGAGCUCCUCGUGUAAGAUAAAGAUUCUGAUGGAUCUUCUCAAGAAAUGGAAGAGUGAGGGGAACAAAGUACUGGUGUUUUCGCAGACAAUAAGGAUGCUAGAUAUAAUAGAGAAGUGUGUUGAAAAGUACGCAUACUUAAGAAUGGAUGGUAGAACAUCGACGUCGAGUCGGUCUUCGCUUGUGGAUAGAUUCAACAAGGAUGAUAGCAUAUUCAUGUUUCUUUUGACAACCAAGGUAGGAGGCCUUGGACUAAAUCUUACUGGAGCGUCUCGAAUUGUUAUAUAUGACCCGGACUGGAAUCCAUCGACAGACACACAAGCCAAGGAGAGGGCAUGGAGAUAUGGACAGAGAAAAGGUGUGGAAAUAUAUAGGUUUAUUUGCAAGGAUACAAUUGAAGAGAAGGUUUAUCAAAAGCAGAUAUUUAAAGAUCUACUUGGGAAGAAGGUCUUGAGUAACCCUGGGCUAAGUAGAUUCUUCAACAAGUCAUGUAUAAACGAGCUGUUUAGCUUUACAGCGACCAGAGGUUUUGCCGAGGUCAAAACACACGAGGAGGACAACGAUGGCGAGGAGACAGGAGUCUUGAAGAAGAUCCGGGAUAGAGAUUUCGAAGUGUUUUCCAGGAUAAAGACUUUGAACGAAAAGAGGAUUUUGAGCGGGUCUGAGGUGCUGGAGUAUAUAAGGCUUAGGGAGAAGGAAUGA